CCUGCGGCGGCGGCGAUGGCGGACGGGCUGGACCGGUGGCGCGAAUUCUUCCGGGGCGCGGGCGCCCCAAUCUGCGAAGUCGUCGAGAAGGCCAUCCUCGUCGCCGCCGCCGACGAGCCGCGCGAGUUCCUGCGCCGCCGCGACCGCAUCGCCGAGCGCCUCUUCAACGCGCUCCACGCCCCGCACCCGCCCACGCACCCGCCCCCAGCCGCGUCAUGCCACGGCAGCACCACCGUCUCGCAGCCGCCCGCCACGCCCGCAGCAGUCGCCGAGGACAAGGGCAGCGUGCGCCGCGUGCCCGAGACCACUCUCGACAGCAAGGUCCACAGCAGCAGCCCCGCGGCGCCGCUCCCCAUCGUCGGGGACCACGCCCAGGACCAGGACUCAGACUCCGACUCUGAGGACGACGAGCGACUACGCCGCGCCGCCGCCAGCAACUACGGCCACACCUACGACGACGACGACGAGGAGGAAGACAACUUAGAGGACCUGGACGCCGCCGCCCCGGCGGAAGAGGAUGAGGAGGAUCGACACCCUCAGCAGCACGAAGAGGAGGACCAGGAGGCCGAGGAGCUGGAGGCUCUCACCAACGAGAUCGACCGCGAGUCGCAGGUCGUCGGGGAGGUGCUCCGCAUCAAGGACCUCCUCGACCACAAGCAGGACUACUCGGAUGCUACUCUCUUCGACUCGCUCAGGAGGCUGCAGCUCAUGCAAUUGUCCGUCUCCGCGCUCAAGGCUACCGAGAUUGGAAGGGCUGUCAACGGGCUACGGAAGCACAGCUCGCAGCGGAUUCGCCACCUUGUGCAAACUCUCAUCCAAGGAUGGAAAGUGCUGGUUGAUGAGUGGGUCAGCACUACCAAUGUGGCCCUUGCAGACAACUCCCCAGGCACUUCAAACCCUUCUGUUGUAGAUGAUGAUGAAGAAGAAGAAGGCCUUCCUUCUCCGCCCUUGGAUGAAGGAGCAUUCUUUGCACCUGAGGCUACCGCCAUUCAACUCUCUGAGUUCUUUGACGAAAUGGAUGAAGACGGAAACUUGAGACAUAACAAUGAUGUGCGCCCUGGAAACAAGAGGGAAAACAAUGGCAGGAGGCCCUCAGACCAUUCAGCUGUGACAAAACCAGAACUUACUCGUCCUGCCGGAACUGUUGAAAGGGAUCAGUUCAGGAGGCCAGAAUUGACAAGGCAAGAGCCAUCGGUGAGGCAGACAAACCAGCAAAAACCUCAAAGUUCAAGUUUGCAAGCCAGGCCCCAUGGCAUGGCUAACAGGCAAUCCAGGCCCCCGAGUUCUGAUUCUGGAUCUAUGAGACCAAAGGCGGCUCCUCACCAGAAGCCCGUCGGUGAUAUGAAGUACAAAGAGACUCUAGAUCACUUCGGCGUCGAUAGAAAACCUGCAAUGGGUCAUGUGGAUAAAUCAAGGCUCCAUGCACAGACUUCAGCAGGGGUCAGGCGAGAGUCGGCAAAGCCGAAGAUCAAUGAUGGUUUGGAAGGCAACGUAAGGCUGGAAGCAGCAAAACGCAAGCUCCAGGAACGGUACCAGGAACUUGAGAAAGCAAAGAAGCAGCGCACGAUACAAGUAAUGGAGCUGGGUGACAUACCAAAGCCUAAAAAUCACAACAGACAGCCUGUGGCGAAGUCGAGGAAUAACAUUAGAAGUAGGGUACUUGGUCGGCGCUGAUUCUUCUGUGAUUUUUUCCCUUCAUCUGAUGAAUUUGUUGCCAUGGCUUCCUGGUCCAAAGGACAGCAGCUGAACACUUAGUUGCCAGGACCAGAACCGUAUUUUUGAACAUAAACACCUCUGAUGGAGAGCUUUCCUCGAAGUUGCAAGAGCAGCGCUGGAUGCCAUAAGUUAAAAGUGUUCAGCGAGAUUAGUUGCUGUCUGCAUAAAUAUUGCUCUUGCAGUUGGAGCUCGGAGAGUUUAGUCAGUCAUGUCUUGAUAACCUGAGAGUGGACAUGUAGUUCAUCCUGUAUCGGCUGUUUAUCUUUCUUCCUGUUUAAAGGAAGCUGUAGAUACACCAGAUAGAAUAAUCAUCCUUGUUCGGUACAUUC